AAUACCUUUCACUUGUUUCCCACUCUGUUUCCCGGGCUGUGUCUAUAUAUCUGCACCUGAUUUCCCUUAGGCCGGCCCUAGCCUAUUGUUGAUCCUUUGCAUUUGCGCAUGCGCACAUAGCCCCCGCCCCCCAUAAUACAGAUGCGUGUCUUCAUCAUAAAUAUCCAGCGAUCAUGACGGCGAGACUUCUCAAGCAGAUCCAGCGGGCCAAGUCCGCCGAAAAAGUCCAGAAGUUUCUAAAGGAGCUGCCAGACCACAAUGAGGCCAAUGAAAAUGGAGACACUCUGCUGCAUGCAUUUGUUCGACGGAGAGAUAAGUACAGUCAGGAUUGCUUGUGGCUCUCCUGGUCUACGGACAGUGUGACGUGGACGGGGGUAAUCACCAGGGGGUUACCCCUCUCCACAUUGCUGCAGAGUUGAAUGACCUGCCAGCAGCCAAAGCACUGGUGGCCUUUGGUUGCGAGGUAAACAGUCUGAAUCCGGACGACGAGACUCCUCUGGACAUAGCCAGACGCUGCUAUCCUGAUGGAGACAUUGUCACUCUUCUCGUCAGUGUCGGAGGACAAACCGGUGAAGCAGUCACAAGAGGUCUCUACUUUCUGAACCCACUACGAUUCACCGAGAGUUGUGAAGGUCCCUGGAGUCCCGAUGGUGUUGUCAUCAAGAGAAACUACACUGACUUUGGUAGAACACCUCCUACACCAGCCCAGAUAGAGGAGCAUAUCCGGAGAAAUCUCAGUGAUCCUACUGCGGACGAUGUGGAUGACAGUACUCCAAAACACUCCAGUGAGUCCAAUGGCACUGAUGGAGAUACACACUGGGAUUAUAGUGAGGAAGUUCCUGAUCGUUUCAACACUCCUGAAGACAGUAUUGUUCAGGGAAUUACCCUUCAGCAUAGCAUCAUGGCCAGCAGAAAGUUUAAGGGAACUCCCAUUACAACACGGCGCUCCCUGAGCCUCACAUUUGACGAGGAUGAACACCAAUCAGACGAAUCACAUGACCAGCCAGAUGGAUCACAUGAUCAGCACAAUGGAUCACAUGACCGGCACAAUACGUCACGUCUCCCACCGGAAAGUCCAGUGCCUUGCUCAAAAAAAGCAUCACAGAAUACACCAGUCACUGUUCUUCUGAAUGGACAUCCUGUUGAUCAAGACAUAGGAGCUGUACAGGAAGACUGUGGUAAAAGGGGGAGUGAGGGAGGGGGAGAGAGGGAAGGUAGAAAUAGGGACGGAAGAGAAGAAGAUAGGGAAGGGGACAGCCUUCUUAGUCCUGGAGAUGUGUUCUCUCCUACUCCACUCGAGGUGCAGUCACUCAGAACACUGGAGCUUAUGGCUAGUGGAAGCGUGAGAGCGAAGGGCUACUCUGUGUGGCAGGGUUACAGAGACAAGCGGAGGCUGGAGGAGAGUGACAACCAAGUCCUCGGGUCGAUAGGAAACUGCCUGAGAGCCAAGAGCAUUCAUGAACGUUGGACCGAGGAGGGGGAGAGGAGAGGAAGAGAUGGGGAGAGAGGAGGAGAAAGAAGGGGUAAUGUCGGAGGUCAACAGAGUGAUGAUGAAGGUGCAAGGCAGACAGGGGGGAGAGAGGACGGAUCUGAGCCCGAAGCAUUCAAAGUCAAGCCAGGUGACAAAGUGCUCUGUCUGGACGGAGGGGGGAUAAGAGGUCUUGUUCAACUGGAGAUACUGCGGGAAAUUGAGGAGUUGACUCAUCGCAGAAUUGUCGAUCUCUUCGACUGGAUAGUGGGCACCUCAACUGGUGGUAUACUUGCCCUGGGAAUGGUCUAUGCCGACAUGACGUGUCGUCAGUUGCACCAGCUCUACUUUGAGAUGAAGGAGAGAGUGUUCAAGAACCCGUGGCUGGGUCUGAUCUGUCACACCCAGGAACUGGAGGCCAUUCUCAAGGAGAGGCUUGGAGAAGACACAAAGAUGACCAGCCUCCCAAAGAAACCAAAGGUGCUGGUGUGUGCGGUCAACAAAGCCACAACCCACAUGCAACUAACCUUCUUCAACAACUGUUUCAAUGACGCUUUCUCGAACUACCCAGUGUGGAAGGUGGGCAGAUACACUGCGGCUGCCCCGCUGUACUUCACUGAGUGUGAUUACUAUGUCGAUGGAGGGGUUCUUGCCAAUAAUCCCUGCAGUGGUGCCCUCACCAGAAUACAGGACUAUCAUAAGGAGAAGGGAGGUCAGCUGUCACUGGUGGUAUCAGUGGGGUGUGGUCAGUACCCAGCAGUCCCUCUGGGGGACACCAGCAUUCAUUCUGGGGUCUUGAACAUGAUGGGGAACAUCGGGAAACUCAGGAACAUCCGACAACUCUUUAUCACAGCUCUGACAGGGUGCUCUGAAGCCGUGUCAGACAACUGCAGGUGCCGAUGUGAGCAGCAACACCCUCCCAUACAGUACUUCAGGUACAAUAGUAUGUAGCUAUCAAGUAUAAUAAUGAAAGCGCUUAAGGUUUACACUAGCAGGUAGCUCUAUACCAUCAUAAGUAUACGAUCAUAAGAGCAGUAUAGUGGUGUAAUAAUGUGAAACAGUGUAUUCUUCAAAGGACAUGCUAACCAUUGAGGAUAAAAGAGCAAGGAAAGAAGUGUAUAAAAUUGCACGUGCUCAAGGAGAUCUAAUUGUCAGGACCUGAGGAUUUAUGGCAAUCAUUGCUAGGAUGCUUUAUACUCGCCCAACAGAUCGUGCGAACAAACUCAAUUCUGUAGAUGCGGCUCUAAGUGUUUAGAUUUCUCGUUCUCUCCCUGCUAGAUUCAACCCCAGUCUCCCGGAGGCAAUAGAAUCCAUAGAGACCAAUGGAGUCAAGCUCUGUGACCUGGUAGUCAAUGCCAAACAACUGCUGGAAAACAACGACCUGAAACUAGACCUUCUCAUUCAGCACUUUUACUACACCGCAGUACAGCAGAGAUGACAUUUUGAGGCAACAAUUAUGUGUCAUCUCUGCGUGUGACAUUCACCUGUCCCAUCUUGUUGCUUACUAUGUUGACAAAGUUUGUAAAAACGUUAUGAACAUUAAUUUUCUGUUUAACUUUCCUGUUUAAAGAAAAGACAAAACAU